AUGGCAGAGCCCAUCCGAGUCUUGGUGAGUGGGGCUGCGGGGAAAACCGCGAAUGCCCUGCUGUACAGCAUCGCCAGAGGAGCUGCCUUUGGGAAAGAGCAGCCAGUCAUCCUGCGACUCCUGGACGUUCCCCCCAUGAUGGACGUCUUGCAGAACCUCGUCACGGAGCUGCAUGCUUGUACCCUGCCCCUCCUGAGGGAUGUGGUGGCCACAGAUGCAGAGGAAGUGGCCUACCAAGACCUGGACGUGGCCAUUCUGCUGAGUUCUGUGAGCGUUAAAGUGGGCCGGGAAGCCAAGGAGCUACUUAGAGACAACGUAAAGAUCUACCAGGCCCACGGCAAGGCCUUGGACAGAUUCGCCAAGAAGUCUGUUCUGGUGAUCGUGGUGGGCGACCCCGCCAAUACCAACUGCCUGGUUGCCUCCAAGUGGGCGCGGUCCAUCCCCUGGCAGAACUUCACCUUCCUGACGCGUCUGGACCAGCAUCGAGCUCAGGUUCUAAUUGCCCGGCGGCUCGGGGUGCCGGCUGCUGACAUCCAGAACAUCAUCAUCUGGGGCAACCAUGCCUCCAUGCUGUACCCAGAUGCGUCUCAGGCCAAGGUGAGAGUACGGGGACAUGAGGUGAGUGUGUGCGAUACUCUGCAAGACGACAACUUCUUAAAGAGAGACUUCAUUGCCAAAGUGCAGCAGUGUGUGACCGCCGGCAUCAGGAGUUACCAAGCGCCCAACUCCAUGGCCACUGCCAAAGCCAUCUGUGACCACGUGAGAGACCUGUGGUUCGGCACCCCGGAGGGACAUUUUGUGUCCAUGGGUGUGAGUUCCAAUGGCAACCCCUACGGACUCCCUAAUGGCCUGUUCUACUCGUUCCCAGUGACCUUAAAAGAGAAGACGUGGAAGGUGGUGGCCGGGCUGCCCAUCAGUGACUUCUCCUGUGCUAAGAUGGAACUUGCUGCAAAAGAACUGAUAGAGGAAAAGGAAAUCGCGUUGGACUUGCUUUACUUUGAGGGAUAA